CUUAUAAGCAAGUUUUUGGUCUAAAAGUUCCUUUUUGUUUGGAAAUUUUGGAGUCUUUUGACUUCAUUUCACCUGAAGAACUCCCUAUUGCUGAGACUCUUCAACACACCAGAGGAGCUAGCUAUCUGUUCUUUAACUAAAUCUGCAGUUUUUUCUCAGAAUGAGGAGCACAAGCAAGGAAGGAGGAGGGGAGAUUCAAGGGGAGGACUUGGAACAGGUGACAGAACAGCCAUGGGAUGUGAAGAGUAUUCUUCCAUGGACAAAACAGAUAACCAUUCGGGGGAUUGUCGCGAGCUUAUUGAUUGGAAGCAUUUAUAGUGUGGUGGUGAUGAAGCUCAAUCUCACUACUGGACUGGUCCCAAAUCUCAAUGUCUCAGCUGCCCUUCUUGCAUAUGUAUGCAUACAGACAUGGACUAAGGCUCUGCAAAAGGCCAAUAUUGUCUCAACUCCUUUCACCAGACAGGAGAACACGGUUAUUCAGACGUGUGCAGUUGCGUGCUACAGCAUUGCUGUGGGAGGCGGUUUUGGAUCUUAUCUUCUGGCAUUGAACAAGAAGACAUAUGAGCAGGCUGGGAUUGAUACAGAAGGAAAUGUACCUGGGAGUUACAAGGAACCUGAACUUGGUUGGAUGAUUGGUUUCCUUUUUGUUGUUAGUUUUGUUGGGUUAUUAGCCUUGGUUCCUCUCAGAAAGAUCAUGAUAAUAGAUAAGAAACUACCUUAUCCAAGUGGAACUGCAACUGCUGUUCUAAUCAAUGGGUUCCAUACCCCAAAGGGAGAUAAGAUGGCCAAGAAACAAGUUCAUGGGUUCGUGAAAUUCUUCUCGAUCAGUUUCCUGUGGAGUUUCUUUCAGUGGUUUUACUCUGGGGGAGACCAGUGUGGAUUUGCAAACUUCCCAGUGUUCGGGUUGAAAGCUUGGAAGCAAUCAUUUUACUUCGAUUUCAGCAUGACCUACAUAGGUGCAGGAAUGAUUUGUUCCCACCUCGUAAAUUUGUCUUUGCUUCUCGGAGCUGUUCUGUCUUGGGGGAUAAUGUGGCCCUUGAUUCUCGAGCGCAAAGGAUCUUGGUUCCCUGCAACUUUACCCGAAAGCAGCAUGAGGAGUCUGACUGGUUACAAGGUUUUUGUUUCGAUUGCUCUGAUUCUGGGGGAUGGUCUCUACAAUUUUCUCAAGAUACUCGUUUUCACUGGUAGAAGCAUAUACACUGCCCUGAACAAGAAGAAUUCUAGAACAACAGUUCCAGAAGGCGAGAACGAGCCCCUUGAUGCUCUACAAAGAAACGAAGUGUUCAUUAGAGGCAGCAUUCCCUUGUGGGUAGCGUGUGUUGGGUACAUAUUCUUCUCGGUUAUCUCCAUCGUAGUAAUUCCAAUCAUGUUCCCCGCGUUGAGGUGGUACUAUGUUCUUGUUGCUUACAUUCUCGCGCCAUCUUUGAGCUUCUGCAAUGCAUACGGGGCUGGUUUGACUGACAUGAACAUGGCGUAUAAUUAUGGCAAAGUGGCUCUCUUUACACUAGCUGCUUUAACUGGGAAGGAGAAUGGAGUAGUUGCUGGGCUUAUCGGGUGUGGGCUCAUAAAAUCCAUUGUUUCGACGUCCUCUGAUCUGAUGCACGAUUUCAAGACGGGUCACCUCACGCUCACUUCCCCUCGAUCGAUGCUCGUUAGCCAGGGCGUCGGGACUGCAAUUGGCUGCGUGGUGGCUCCUCUCACGUUCUUCCUCUUCUACACCGCCUUUGAUGUAGGGGACCAGAACGGGGAGUACAAGGCGCCUUAUGCUCUCAUAUACAGAAACAUGGCCAUCCUAGGCGUCGAAGGCUUCUCUGCUCUCCCCCGCCAUUGCCUGCAGCUUUGUUAUGGCUUCUUCGCCUUUGCAGUAUCUGCCAACCUGACGAGAGACGUAGCCCCAGAGAGCGUCGGGAAAUGGGUCCCUCUCCCAAUGGCUAUGGCGGUUCCCUUCCUCGUCGGGGCUUCCUUCGCCAUUGACAUGUGCGUUGGAGCCUUGAUCGUGCACGUAUGGCAUAAGGUUAACGGUAGGAAAGCCGAUCUGAUGGUCCCUGCAGUGGCAUCAGGCCUGAUAUGUGGUGAUGGAUUAUGGAUUCUCCCAUCAGCAAUUCUUGCAUUAGCCAAAAUCAAGCCUGGAAUCUGCAUGAGCUUCUUCCCAACAAAGACCUCUUGAAAAUCCACCUCAGAUUCUGCAAUUUCGACAACAAUACAGCAACUAAUACAAGAAACAUUCCCCAACUCUUCCUUUUCCGUUUUCCUGUUGAUGAAAAAGUAAGAAAACGAAAAAAAACUUAUCUGAUACAAAUGAAAUAUCAAAAGUUG